AUGAGUGAUACAAGUAAACCACCUUCCUUUCGUGUCUCCACUACAGUCGUGGAAUUCCCAUUCGAUACACCUUACACUCAUACUAUCCUCGUGACAAGUCUAGAAGAAGAGGAAGUAAACGUAGACAUGUUUUAUAGUUUACAACCAUGUUUUAAACUCGAUCCAUCUAGAAAUUAUCAUGUAACACCAAUCCAGAUAAAUGUCAGCUAUACACCUGACCCUUAUACUCCUUUUGUAUUGCCCACUAAACCUUUGCGGAUAGUUUUUGAAAAAGCGCCUAUGGAUAAAAUAAAAGUAUAUGAAGAGUACACAGUCGAUAUAAGAAUUGUGGAUCCAAUACAAGAAGCAGAAGAGGAAAAUAACGGACCAAAUAUUACCACACAGCUCGCAUGCAAAAUUUGUUGUUUGUUCUUUUCGAAAGAAAAUCAGGAUCAAAUGCCAAAAACGCUCAAAGCUUGCGGACAUAUAAUAUGCCAGAAGUGUUACGAAGACAUUCAAAAUGAGAAACCAUUCGUUAACAGAAUUGUAUGCCCGUUUGAUGGAAAAGAAACAAGAGAAAAUACUAACGGCGGUCCUAGGAAUCUUUCUUUAGCAGACGUGCUACGACCUUCUGCACCUGUAGAUGCAAAUGCAUACCCGGCUCCAAGAAAAACCCAAAUCGAUUUUCAAAACUAUGUUCAAAAUCUCAAAGAUGUGGAAGAGGCUGUAGUACUACCAGAGUUGGAAAAAGCAAAAAUUCAACGGAGGACAUACUACUCUGAGAAACAUUCAAAUAAUAUUGAAGAAAUUGAAAAACAUUUCGAAAAAUUGAAGAAGGCCGCUGUAUCAAAAUAUAUCGCAUUUAGAGACUCCAAAAAAGGAGAAAUUGAAUCGGAAAUCAAUCAUAUUAAGUCACUCAGGACAAGUAUGAACGGAAUUAGAGAGACACUUGAGGCACAUCUGCAGAAAGGAACUGUUCCAGAAAGCAUUUACAAUCUAAGACAAGAAGUGGAGACAGCACUCAAUUCGGGAGUACGAGUUCAAGCCAACUUCCCAAUCUUAACCGACUUUGAUAUCCCUCUCGACAUGGCCAGAAGUCCAGAGAUAAAGCGAAGAAGAAUUGAGGAAUAA